ACCAUUACUGGGCACGGGUAAUGUGUACUCAUCUUCAGCCCGCAGCAGUCAUUUUUGGAGCGCACUGCCAUGAGUAACGCGGACAAAAAAGAAGAACAAAGCGAUUUAUUCGCCGGUUUCCGCACGGCUUAUAAAUCCUUUGCAACAGAUGCCAUACACGUCGGUCAGGAGCCGGAGCAAUGGAAAUCUAUGGCUGUAGUGCCGCCGAUUUCCCUUUCUACCACGUUCAAGCAGUACUCUCCAGGAAAGCACGCUGGGUUCGAGUAUAGCCGGAGUGGAAACCCUACCAGGAACUGCCUUGAAAAAGCCGUAGCUGCACUGGACGGAGCAAAGUACUGCCUUGCUCUCGCUUCAGGACUGGCGGCCACAGUGACGGUCACUCACAUGCUCAAGGCAGGCGAUGGAAUCGUCAGCAUGGAUGACGUGUACGGAGGCACAAACCGCUACUUUCAAAGAAUCGCAGCUGAAGUCGGCCUGGAUGUGUCUUUUGCUGACUGCACAAAACCACAAUUGCUCAAGGCUGCCUUGAAGCCAAAUACUAAGCUGGUGUGGAUUGAAACACCCACCAACCCCAUGAUGAAGGUGGUGGACAUCAAGGCCUGCUCCGACUUGGUCCACGAGCACAACAAAGACAUAGUGGUGGUUGUGGACAACACCUUCAUGUCGGCCUAUUUCCAGCGCCCCUUGGCUUUGGGAGCUGAUAUCUGCAUGUACUCAGCCACCAAAUACAUGAAUGGCCACAGCGAUGUGGUGAUGGGACUCGUCUCCAUGAACAGGGAGGAUCUGUACGAGCGACUGAAGUUCCUGCAAAAUGCACUGGGUAGUGUGCCGUCUCCUUUUGACUGUUUCCUGUGUAACCGUGGAUUGAAGACCCUUCACCUGAGGAUGGAGCGGCACUUUAAGAACACCCUGGCUGUUGCCAAGUUUCUGGAGGCUGAUCCGAGGGUGGAGCGCGUCCUCUACCCAGGCCUGCCGUCUCACCCCCAGUACGAAGUGAUGAAGAGACAGUGUACUGGGUGUCCAGGGAUGAUUGCCUUCAACAUUAAAGGGAAACUUGAGCAUGCUACUACCUUCCUCAAUAACCUCAAAAUGUUUGCGAUUGCAGAAAGCCUCGGUGGGUACGAAAGUUUGGCAGAACACCCGGCGAUUAUGACCCAUGCAUCAGUGCCAGAAAAUGAGAGGAAUGUGCUGGGCAUCAGCGACACCCUGAUCCGGCUCUCCGUUGGCCUGGAAGACGAAGCCAACAUCAUCGAAGACCUGGAUCAGGCACUGGCUGCUGCUCAUCCAAAGAAGUGAAAUGUCUUCAGAUGGCAUCCUUGAGGGUGGAGGAGUCAAAUUUGGGAUGAAAGACCCGAGUUUCCAACAUGUGGGACCUCAGCUCAGUGACAUUCGCCUGUCAGGGAAGCUUGUUCUUGGGGAGGCUGACUUUUAGGCUGGUUUUACUUUGUUUUCAUGUUUGUUCUGUGCUUUGUUAUAAUUAGGAUUUUUCGAAGGCUUUAAUCAGGCAAAGUCCUGCUCAGUUAAAAUUGAUGAAGCACGAGUUACUGCUGGAACAAUGUCAAACAGACACUUUUCUGAAUAACCUGGCUAUGAAACUGUGUCUUCAGGUUGAUUCAUGGUAUCAAUGUGCAGAUUUUUAGAUUACUUUAUAUGCACUUCCAAUUCACAACGUAAGUCAUCUACUUCAGGGCACUUUAGGUGGCAAGGUAAAGACUCCACACGAUCAUCUGCAAUCUGAGGCUCAGCUGCCACCUACUGACCAAAUGUUAGAAGUGAUAGUGGCUCUCACAGUUUUGGACAGAGAUUUCUUUUUCCCAUGCAGAACAAUUGUUUUACUCAAACUAGAAGGUGAACAAAAAAUGCUGCAUGUCCUUUUUGUUUGGCCAAAACUUUGAUAUAAAUGAACUGUUACUAAGAGAGGAGGAGCUCCAGAUAUUUGCUAGUAAACGUGGGAGGGUCUGGUAUACACAAGUGAAGACGUUCCCAGCAGUGACUCCAGUUGAGGUCUGUGUAGAAACGGCUGAAUGUUUUUACAGGAACAUCUCUGAGAAUUAUGCUUGAUAAAGAGCUUUUUAUGUUUUUAAACAAGAGGUUGAGACAUGUCAGAACUCCUUUGGGUUUUAUCUGUGUGACAACACACACGCCAUUUGUGCAACCCACUGUACUCCCACAUCACAGCUCAUCAUUUACUGUAAUCGAAAAAAUCCAUUAAAAUCAGUCCAAGUGCAAA